GCUCGUGGCUGCCUCGGCGUUAGGCUGGUAGCAAAGGGUGCCCCGGGGUUGCCGCGAUUCUCCGCCCCGCCGUCACUGGCUUUCUGCCUCUCGCCGCUCGGCGCGUCCCGCGCCUCUCCUGCCGGCUCCGCGCAGCCCCGGCGGUGCGAGGCAUGAAGCUGAGCAAAGCCCAGUACGAUGAGAUAGCCCAGUUCCUGGGGCACGUGCAGCCCACCCGGCAGAGCCUGAGGAAGCUGAAGGAGAAGUUCCCUAGUCAAUCGCAGUCCACUCUGCUGAGCAUCUUCUCCCAGGAGUACCAGAAACAAAUCAAAAGAACACAUGCCAAGCAUCACACUGCUGAAGCUGUCGAAACUUACUACCAAAGGUACCUGAAUGGGGUGAUGAAAAAUGCAGCUGCCCCAGUAUUACUGGACCUGGCCAAUGAGGUGGACUUUGCCCCAUCAUUGAUGGCUCGUAUUGUGUUGGAAAGAUUUCUACAAGAAAAAGAACAAGCCAUCCCCUCCAAAACUCUUAUAAAUAGUAUGCUACGGGACCCUUCUCAGAUUCCAGAUGGAGUGCUAGCAAAUCAAGUCUAUCAGUGUACUGUGAAUGACUGUUGUUAUGGACCACUGGUGGACUGCAUCAAACACGCUAUUGGGCAUGAGCACGAAGUCUUGCUGCGAGAAAUGCUUUUGGAAAAAAAUCUCUCUUUCAUAGCUGAAGAUCAGCUUCGUGCAAAGGGUUAUGACAAAACACCAGACUUUAUUUUAGAAGUGCCAGUAGCUGUGGAAGGACACAUAAUUCACUGGAUUGAAAGCAAAGCCUCAUUUGGUGAUGAAAGUAGCCACCAAGCCUACUUGCAGGACCAGUUUUGGAGCUACUGGAACAGAUUUGGUCCUGGAUUAGUCAUCUACUGGUACGGAUUUAUUGAAGAGCUGGACUGCCAUCGUGAACGUGGUAUCCUGCUAAAAGACUGCUUCCCUACUGACAUUGUGACUCUGCGACACAGCAUGGCUCAGCGCUGAUGUUGGGAGGAAGAGGUACUGCAGCAAAUUUCUGGCACACUGAAGUCCAAAAGAACAGCGUGCAGGAGCUUUCUGUGUGAGUCAUUUCUGAAGGAGUUUACCAUCCUGGUAUUCAAGAAGGGGAAUUUAAAAAAAAAAAAAAAAAAAAUAGAUAAAACAGUGCUUCAUACUGGAUCAGCUCCACAAGACAAAUAAAGCACACAAAUGGAUAGAAGUUUCCUGUGUACUUGUUUUCUUGUAAGAGCCUUGUUUUUCUCUUGUUAGAACUACCAAGAUCAGAAGUUCAUUGAGGUGGGUGUUAGCCCUUCUUGGAGUUUUGAGUUCAGUCUCUUCUUUUUCCACCCACAUCGCCACUCAGAGGGGCAAGAUUGGGUCUCAGGUGUGUGCUCUCACAUUUUUUAAUGUGACAGCGGCUUAUUGGGCUUGACACACUUCAGUAGUCCUUUCUUUGCUAUUACUUAGGAAAGGACAAAAUAUUGUCAUCCUAUUGAUGAUCUUUUCCAGAAAGAAGGGGUCUCUAAAACAUUACAGCGCAUAUUCAUCACCUUUUUUUAGCUGAAGUGAUACUUUAUGCGCAUGUAUGUUUUCAAAAAUCAUGUACAGUCUUGCCUUGAAUGGAAAGGAUAUUAAAACUCCUAUUCAGGAGUUUUUCAGCUGUAGUUUUCAGAUGCAUACACAGUAUUCUUAUUUUUAAUUUUUAAUUUUCACCUUAACACUUUCUGGUAAGUUUCAGACAGGAGUUUAUCAUUUUGACAAGUCUUUCAUUUUCAAGAAAAAAAUAUCUUUAAUCUUCUAGUACUCUGUCCAUUGUUGCAGAGAUAAACCAGUAUAGCUCCACUAUAGUGAGUUAUUGUUGUACAGAGAUACUUUCUUGGGUUUGAAUGUGUUACAGUGAAGAGACUUAUUUUUAAAAAAUAUUCAAACACCUGUAACUCAUUUGCAUUCAGUUAUUGAAGAUAUCGUGCUGAGCUUAUUUUACCUGACCAGCUGUAAGGAUUUGCCCAUAAAGAUACACAAGAAGCAAUCUCUGAAUGUACCUGCCUGAUGCUACACACAAGCUGCAUUUAGGGUGUUAGUCCCCCUGGGACUUUUUACUAUGGUUUAGGUUAGUGGAAUGUGUAAAAUCAAGAAGAGGAUUAAAAAGAAGAAAUAACUAAACGUUAUCAUAGUAGAAAAUUCAGAAGUAGUGGUUGUCCGAGUGAAACGUGUUUUAAAGGAAGACGGAAUUUGUUUUAGCUACUGCAUAUGCUUUCUGUUGUAUGAAAUAAUUUAAAUCAGCUUUUACAUGAUACACUAAUGCUGCUUUUUCUUUUUGAAUAAAUUAAAUUUAUCUGCACAGAUGUUAAAAAUUCUGCUAACCUUCAUCAAAGCUUUGCUUUAUUUGUUUUUACAUUAAACAAAUUUAUGUGGAGACACAUAGAUAAAUCAGUUUAGGCUUAUAUUUGUUUAUUUAUUCCUCUACCUAAUGCUGUAACAUAACAGGUUGGAAAGCAGUACAGCUGUCUUUAAUCAGAGCUUUGAACUCAUCUUCAUAUAUUGCCCACAUAAAGAAUCUGUAUUAGAAUGAGGAUGAUACUAGCCACAAAAGUCUAUAUACUGGUACUAAUUGCAUGCUAUCAAAAAAGCUUUGCCACUACAAAAAAAUAUGCUGUGUCACUACUUUAAAUGCUGAAAGCAAAACAUUAAAAAAAUUAGGACUGUUUUGUUAUUACUACUUGUACACUGCA